AUGGCUAAAUAUUGCCCUCACUCUCAGAUCAUGACGGACGGGAGUCAGGGACUCGAUGCCCUCUGCUUCAUAGACCCCAUCAGCUCGACCUCAAACUCGCGCUUCUUGCUGGCCCUCUACGAAACGAAUGCGCGCAUGGAAAAGGGAUGUGCAUCCACGUCCUCUUUCUCGGGCUCGACGGUCGACUUCCGCGGGGCCAAUCCCGAGGCUCCAUCGGGGUUCCCGGAACUGCUCAGCACUCUCGCAGGUCCGAUCUGCUCCAUCCCCGACGAUGGAUCCGAGAUGUUUGACUCCUACGCAAAACCAUGGCGCAAAGUCGAAGCAGAAGAGAUGGGAGCGGAGGCGGCGGUGGAGGAGUCACCGAGCGGAAAGGUUGGAGACUCAGAGUGGACUGUGUCCCACUCAGGCCACUCAGGAAGGGGGAUCCAACUUGCGCUGCGGGUCGCCGAGGAAAUCUUGCACACGGGGUACCCGCUUCAGGUGUUCAUUGUGCCGGACGGCCGCGACAACAGCUCGCUCGAGGUGUAUCAGUAA